AUGCCUCAAAGGAAUAUUCAAGUUUGUGAAAUUUUUGACUUGUGGGGUGUGGAUUUCAUGGUUCCAUUUCCUUCAUCCAAAGGCAAUAAGUACAUACUUGUGGCGGUGGAUUAUGUCUCAAAAUGGGCAGAAGCGCAAGUAUUACCGACUAAUGAUGCAAGGGUUGUGGUUAAAUUCUUAAAGAAAUUAUUUUCUAGAUUUGGAGUACCCAAAGCAUUAAUUAGUGAUAGGGGAAUCCACUUCGCUAAUGACCAAUUAGCAAAAGUGUUGCAAAAAUAUGGUGUAUGCCAUUGGUUUUCAACACCUUACUAUCCACAAACAAAUUGGAAAACCGAGGUCACAAAUAGGGAACUCAAAAGAAUAUUGGAAAGAUCGGUGGGUAGUAAUAGAAAAGAUUGGGCGGACAAAUUGGGUGAUGCACUUAGGGAAUUUAGAACCACAUUCAAAUCACCCAUUGGAACCACACCCUAUAAAUUAUUUUAUGGUAAAAAUUAUCAUUUACCUGUGGAGCUUGCACAUAAAGCCUAUUGGGCUUUGAAAAGAUGCAAUUUUGAACCGAAUGAGUUGCGUGCCAAUCGACUCUUUCAAAUGAAUGCCUUGGAAGAAUUGAGGAACGAGUCAUACACUAACUCGUUGAUCUAUAAAGACAAGACAAGAUAUGGAAUGAUACAAGGUUGA